ACGUACUUCCCUAAACUUCAGCGGGUCUGUUUACAGCUGAAGGUUCUUCCCGCCCUGGAGCUCAGCUGAAACUUCAACCUCGUUUUUCGGAUAAAUGGAUCGAGGUUCUGAUCCAGUAGGAUGAUAAAGACGGAGAAGAUCCUUCACCUGAAGAGCUGCAGAGGCCGGAAGGUCCGGGUGGUUCGGGAACAUUACCUGAGAGAGAAGGUUCCGUGCUACAGCGCGCUGUGUCAGGCGGACUGUGAGAACGGUGAGUCCGCUCAGAACCGAACCGACACCGGGUCAGAACAUUUACAACAAAUACAAACACAAGAACUUUAGACUAAAGCCAACAACAACAACAGACCGGACCGGACCGGACCGGACCGCUGCUCCAGUUCAGCUCUGUUAGAGACAGGGGUGUUCUCAGGGAGGGGGGCAGGGGGUCCACAGCCCCCCACCACACACACACACACACACACACACACACACACACACACAUACACAUACACACACACACACACACACACACACACACACACACACACAGACACACACACACAUACAGUCCCGCCAAGAGAUACAACAAUGGAAAUGUGUUUAUGAGUAAACAUGUGUGCUCUGGAUGUCCUACCUGUGAGUAUGGAGUCAGUGUCAGUGCUCUGGAUGUCCUACCUGUGAGUAUGAAGUCAGUGUCUGUGCUCUGGAUGUCCUACCUGUGAGUAUGGAGUCAGUGUCUGUGCUCUGGAUGUCCUACCUGAGAGUAUGGAGUCAGUGUCUGUGCUCUGGAUGUCCUACCUGUGAGUAUAGAGUCAGUGUCUGUGCUCUGGAUGUCCUACCUGUGAGUAUGGAGUCAGUGUCUGUGCUCUGGAUGUCCCUCUAAAGUUACAUCUGGAUACACUUCCACCCUAAAGUAAAUCAACAGCGCCCUCUGGAUGCCUGUAGUUGUAGUUGUGUUCUGGUUGUAGUGCGGUCGUCUGGCUGCAGAGGGAGCUGUCACCUCGUUGUUUAAGUUGGAGGACGGCGUGUUGACUCUGUGGUACCGAUCCACUCAGCGCUGACAAGGAUAGAAUCCACUACCGACCCUCAGAUCCAGGUUUUCCCUUCAGAGCCCACAUACUGGACUCUUUACCUCAUGUAGUCCGUGUGUGACGCUGGUUUCUCUGGUGAAUCAUUGAUGGUUUAUUUCAGCCUGUUACCCGCAGGUUGUAACUCCGCCCUCCCAGCGAAAAUGGCGCCUCCUCAAAGGUCAAAGUUUCAAAAAUAAUAAAGGAGAAAAAGCGGAAAGUUUCUGACGAAGACGAUCAGAAAAAUUUUUUUUUACUGAACAUCAGCAGUGAAAUACAGACACGUCUACACAAGAAGAGCUGUAACACACACAGACACACACACACACACACACACACAGGGAUCCAUAGAAAGUAAAUAACUGAAGUGAUUAGCGUGGAGCUUGUUGUCGUGACCCGGAGGUACGGUGAAGUUCUGAUGGACCAGCAGCAGAACUCAAGUCUUCGUGUCUCUCCUCCAGAUGGUAAAGUUCUUCCAGCUGACCUGACCCACUACGUGGUUCCUGAUGUUGGCGUGGUAGUGGAUUAUCUGGAGAUCCUGGAGUUCAGAGAGCUGCAGGGCGUCGUGUUCACGCAGACCGCCUGUCAGGCUGUGCAGCACGCCAAAGGUCGCAGGUACGACCUCGAACAUGAACACCACACACACAUCCAUGAACACACACAUCCAUGAACACACACAUCCCCCUGUUUUUAACAGCUGGUGUUUUUUUUAAGUGUGUUUUUUUUAAGUGUAUUUUUUUUCAAGUGUGUUUUUUUUAAAUGUAUUUUUUUUAAGUGUAUUUUUUUAAGUGUUUUUUUAGUGUAUUUUUUUAAGUGUGUUUUUUUUAAGUGUGUUUUUUUUAAGUGUAUUUUUUUAAGUGUGUUUUUUUUAAGUGUUUUUUUUAAGUGUAUUUUUUUAAGUGUUUUUUUAAGUGUAUUUUUUUAGUGUAUUUUUUUCAAGUGUUUUUACUAAGUGUAUUUUUUUAAGUGUUUUUUUAGUGUUUUUUUUAAGUGUGUUUUUUUAAGUGUAUUUUUUUAAGUGUUUUUUUAGUGUAUUUUUUUAAGUGUGUUUUUUUUAAGUGUGUUUUUUUUAAGUGUGUUUUUUUAAGUGUGUUUUUUUAAGUGUAUUUUUUAAGUGUAUUUUUUUAAGUGUGUUUUUUUUAAGUGUAUUUUUUAAGUGUGUUUUUUAAGUGUAUUUUUUAAGUGUAUUUUUUUAAGUGUGUUUUUUUUAAGUGUAUUUUUUUAAGUGUGUUUUUUUUAAGUGUGUUUGUUUUGAUGAGGCUUCAGUUCAUUUAGGUGUGGGUUAGGUCUGGGCGAUUCAGCAAAAAAAGAUAACGAUGUGUUUUGUCAUAUUGUCCGAUCACGAUUAUUAUCACGAUUUUUUUUUAAAUGUCAGUUUUAUAACAUCUGAACUAAAAACUGAAGAAACGAGAGAUCAGGUCAAGAUUUAAUUAACUUAUAAAGUAAAUAAAGAAAAAACAUUUAAACUCAACAGAACAACAAACGUAGAUUAAUAUUAAAUAAAACACUGAAGGAGUUUACAGUUCUGCUGUUCAGGCUGAACUCUGACCCGGUUCUGUUUCUGUGUUUCUGUGGACAGGCAGUAUAACCGACUGAGGGGUCUCCUCAAAGACCCUCGCCAUGACUGCGUGCUCUUCGCCAACGAGUUUCAGGAGUUUUCCUACGUCCAGAGAGAGAGGGGCGAGAGUCUGGAGGAGUGGCAGACCCGGUCGGUUCUGCAGAACCUCCACAUAGACGAUCAUUAUAUGACAUUAUAAUAUUAUAUAUAUGACAUAAUCUAUAAUCUAUAAUCUCAUCGUUGUUCAUACUGAUACUGUGUGUGUGUGUGUGUGUGUGUGUGUGUGUGUGUGUGUGUUCAGGUGUGUGUACUCUGCAGCAGUUUGGUACCGGAACCACCUGGCGGGUCUGAUGGACGUGGUGAUGAUCACGGAGGAUCAGGAGACGGUCUCUCGGUACAGCAGUCUGAACUCUGGAGUCUACGUCAUCUCUGUCCAGGUAGACCUCCUGAAGCUCCUGAACCUCCUGGAGCUCCUCACACCCGGACCUUCAUCUUCACAGAGUUUAGAACUUAGUAACAGGAUCCGGGUCUGAAGUCACCUGACCCAAAACCUGUUUUUUCUUCCUUUCAGGACUUUCUGCUGAACUUCUGGCCGGACCUGCAGGCGGCUCAUGAUCUGUACAGCUCCAUCUCUCAGGUUCUUCAGGAGAAGAAGGAGAGCGAGAACUCACAGAAAGAGUUCAGCGAACAUCUGCCCGCUGAGGUUCUGGAGGCCGGGAUCAAGUCUGGACGCUACAUCAAGGUAGAGUACCGGUCCCUGUACCUGUCUGAAGUCCUGAAGAGCCGCAGAGGUUCGUGGAGUUACAGAACCGGGUCAGAGAAGAUCUCAGCGGUCAGAACUUGAACUCGGUUUCAGGUGUUUUUGUUCGUCAGGAGGUUCUCCGAAGAAGAACUUUGAAGAACGUCGGUGUUUUUGAGCUCUGCCGUCCUCAAUCUAGAAUCAGUCACAUGGUCCUGGUCCAUUUACCCAUGAUCCUCCUCUCCUUUUCAGGGCGCUCUGAAUGUCAGCAAACACCGCGCUCAGAGCGAGGCGUCCAUCACGGCGACGGAGGGACUGUCUGAGAAGAACAAAGGUGGAGACAAAGUCAGAGAGGAGAACCUGAAUCUCUCCUCACCCUCUCUCCUCACCCUCUCACCUCAUCCUCUCUCCUGGUCCUCUCUCCUCAUCCUCUCACCCUCUCACCCUCUCUCCUCACCCUCUCUCCUUGUCCUCUCUCCUCAUCCUCUCACCCUCUCUCCUCAUCCUCUCUCCUCACCCUCUCACCCUCUCUCCUUGUCCUCUCUCCUCACCCUCUCUCCUCACCCUCUCUCCUCACCCUCUCUCCUCACCCUCUCUCCUCGUCCUCUCUCCUCACCCUCUCUCCUCAUCCUCUCUCCUCAUCCUCUCACCCUCUCUCCUCACCCUCUCUCCUCAUCCUCUCUCCUCAUCCUCUCACCCUCUCUCCUCACCCUCUCUCCUCGUCCUCUCUCCUCAUCCUCUCACCCUCUCUCCUCACCCUCUCUCCUCGUCCUCUCUCCUCACCCUCUCUCCUCAUCCUCUCUCCUCAUCCUCUCACCCUCUCUCCUCAUCCUCUCUCCUCAUCCUCUCACCCUCUCUCCUCACCCUCUCUCCUUGUCCUCUCUCCUCAUCCUCUCACCCUCUCUCCUCAUCCUCUCUCCUCACCCUCUCACCCUCUCUCCUCACCCUCUCUCCUUGUCCUCUCUCCUCAUCCUCUCUCCUCGUCCUCUCGUCCUCUCUCCUCAUCCUCUCACCCUCUCUCCUCAUCCUCUCUCCUCACCCUCUCUCCUCAUCCUCAUCCUCAUCCUCUCUCCUCACCCUCUCCCCUCGUCCUCUCUCCUCACCCUCUCUCCUCGUCCUCCCUCCUCAUCCUCAUCCUCUCUCCUCAUCCUCUCUCCUUGUCCUCUCACCCUCUCUCCUCGUCCUCUCUCCUCAUCCUCUCUCCUCGUCCUCUCUCCUCACCCUCUCUCCUCAUCCUCUCACCCUCUCUCCUCGUCCUCUCUCCUCACCCUCUCUCCUCAUCCUCUCUCCUCAUCCUCUCUCCUCGUCCUCCCCCCUCAUCCUCUCACCUCCUCUUCUUCUCCUCCUCUCAGAUCUCAGCGGGGGCGUGUUCAUUUCUGGCGUGAAGAACCGUAACCGGGCGGUGCACGGCGACGUGGUCGUGGUGGAGUUGUUACCAAAGAGCGAGUGGCGAGGAAGAGCGAUGGGUUUGAGUGAAGGUCAGGGGGAGGAGAAAGGCGGCGUGGAGGAGAACCAGAGUCAACCUUUACCCACGGGUGAGUCUUUACCUGAACCUCCUCUGAAGGUCUCGUUUCCAUGACAACGGUCUCUAACUCCACUUCCUGUCUCUGCGGUCUGAGGUCGGGUCGUCGGGAUCCUGCAGAGGAACUGGAGGGACUACGUGGUCACCUUCCCCCCCAGAGACGGGUCUCAGUCUCAGAGCAGGAACUCCCAGAGGAUCCUGGUGGUACCCUGGGACCAUCGGAUCCCCAAGAUCCGCAUCAGUACUCAGCAGGCCGACACGCUGCAGGUGCGGUUCACCUUCAGACCCGGUUCACCUUCGGACCUGGGUCUUUAUAUUAACUUUAGAACAUAAAUAGAACCCAGACAGAACAACUUCAUACUCGGGUCAACGGAUCGAAAACUCGGUUCAGAUGUUUUUACAAGAAAUUAAAAUAAAUUAAAAAAAGAAACCGGAACCAUCCUGACCCACGGUACCGGAGUAAACCGGAGUAAACCAGAGUAAACUGGAGUAAACCGGAUUAAACUGGAGUAAACCAGAGUAAACCGGAGUAACGUGGAGUAAACCGGAUUAAACUGGAGUAAACCGGAUUAAACUGGAGUAAACCAGAGUAAACCAGAGUAAACCGGAGUAAAGUGGAGUAAACCGGAUUAAACCGGAGUAAAGCGGAGUAAACCGGAUUAAACUGGAGUAAACUGGAUUAAACUGGAGUAAACCGGAUUAAACUGGAGUAAACUGGAUUAAAGCGGAGUAAACCGGAUUAAACUGGAGUAAACUGGAUUAAACUGGAGUAAACCGGAUUAAACUGGAGUAAACCGGAUUAAAGCGGAGUAAACCGGAUUAAACCAGAGUAAACCAGAGUAAACCGGAUUAAACUGGAGUAAACUGGAGUAAAGCGGACCUCUCUCUUAAUUCUUAAUUCUCUGUUUCCUCUCAGGACCACCGGGUCGUGGUGCGCAUUGACUCAUGGGAAAUCUCCUCUCUUUAUCCAAACGGUCACAGCGUUCGGGUUUUGGGUCGGGCCGGAGAGCUGGAGACCGAGGUCCAGACCAUCCUCAUCGAGAACUGCAUCCACGUCCCCCCUUUCUCAGACGCUCAGGUGAGCGGAAACGACUCGCUGUAUGACGUCAGGGGUCAGGGGUCACUGUUAAAGGUUAAAUCUCCGUCUGACCUCGUUAAACUGCGUCAGCGCUCAGAGCCCUGAGGUCAGCUGAUCAGGUGGUUUUAGACGUUUCCUGUCGUAGCUUUAAAACCCGCCUGUUCACUUUGGGAAGAAAAGAUCCUUUUAUUUAUUUAUUUAUCUGCUGUCUUUAUUUGAUUUGUUUUUAUGGUUUUUAUUGUUUUUUAUUGUUUAUUUUACUGCAAGAAUAAGAAGAACUUUGAUCGUUUCACUUUUUAUAAAUAAAUAAAUAAAGUUGAUGUUCAACGUUUCCACGACAACGAGGCUCCAGAUCAGCAGUUGGACUCUUUGGUGGUUUUAAAGGUAAAUAAUGUAAACUGACACUUGAACAUCAUUAAAUGACAGAUUACAGAUAUUAUAAUAUAAUGAAUAAUAAUAAUUAAUAUAAUAAUGUAAAUAAAGCUGAAGACCCCGCCCCCUUUAGUGAUGAAGAGGAAACAGGAAACACGUUCGCCUGCAGCAGAACAACAACAACCUGAGAACCUGACCCUGUUUUUCAGUCCUGGAGGGUCUUCAGAGUCCGUCAGAGUCUGAUCAGGAUCUCAGUCAUCAGCCUCAAGUGUGUGUGUGUGUGUGUGUGUUAACUGUGUGUGUGUUAACUGUGUGUGUUUUCUCUGUGUGUGUGUGUUAACUGUGUGUGUGUGUUAGCUGUGUGUGUGUGUUAACUGUGUGUGUGUGUGUGUGUUAACUGUGUGUGUGUGUGUUAACUGUGUGUGUGUGUGUGUUAACUGUGUGUGUGUGUGUGUGUGUGUUAGCUGUGUGUGUGUGUGUUAACUGUGUGUGUUUUCCCUCUCUGUAUCAUCAGAUGCCCGCUCUCUCUUCCUCUCAGACUCCUGUUGUUGUUGUUGUUGUUGUUGUUGUUGUUGUUGUUGUUGUUGUUGUUGUUGUUGUUGUUUUGUGAAGCGUGUCCUCGGGUGGAGCAGAGCUCGAUGUUCUCCGCCCAGAGCUGAAUGAAUAAUUCACUCCGGUCGCUCCUGCUGCUUCUUCAGACCUCGUAUAAAACCUCGUCUCUGUGUCGUCCGCGUAGCUGCGAGAGAUGCCGCCGAACUCUCCGGAGAAGCCGUGGGCGAUGGAUCCCGACCAGGUGGCGCAGAGACGAGACCUCAGGGAGACUCACCUGGUGUUCAGCAUCGACCCGCAGGGCUGCGAGGACGUGGACGACACGCUGUCUGUUCGCCGUAUCGCCGGAGGGAAGCUGCUGGAGCUGGGAGUCCACAUCGCAGACGUCACCCACUUCGUUAGAGAGGGGUCGCUGACGGACCUGGAGGCGCGCAGCAGGUGAGGAGGCGCCGAAACAGGCGGGUUUACAGAGAGAGGAGAAGACUUCAGCGACCCGCUCCGACCCGAACAGAGGAGAACAUGUUAAAAACAGGAGAGAGGUCCGGAGGAUCAGAACCAGAACAGCUGUGGUUCAGGGGGCCUACUGUUGGUUCUGAUGGGUCUGGUUCUGAGGUGGUCCAGAGAUUCUGUUCUGGUCUGUGUUUCUUGAUCUGAACCUUUUAUUGGACUUCAGGCUGAAGGAUUUAUGUGUGUGUGUGUGUGUGUGUGUGUGUGUGUGUGUGUGUGUGUGUGUGUGUGUCGUCCUUCAUGUUUGCACACACACACACACACACUCUGUUGUUGUUUAUACUAACCCCGCCCCCUCUUCUUUCAGAGCGACCACCUACUACCUCGCAGACCGAAGGUUCGACAUGUUACCUGCUGUCCUGAGUGCAGAACUCUGCUCCUUACUGGGAGGAGUCGACAGGUGAGGAGAUCCUCCUACCCCUGUUCCUCCCCCUCUCUCCUCCUCCCCUCCUCCUCCUCCUCCCCCUCUCUCCUCCUCCUCUCUCCUCCUCCUCCUCCUCCCCCUCUCUCCUCUCUCUCCUCCUCCUCUCUCUCCUCCCUCUCCUCCCCUCCUCCUCCCCCUCCUCCUCCUCCCCUCCUCCUCCCCCUCUCUCCUCCUCCCCUCCUCCUCCCCCUCUCUCCUCUCUCUCCUCCCCCUCUCCUCCCCCUCCCUCCUCCCCCUCUCUCCUCCUCCCCCUCUCUCCUCUCUCUCCUCCUCCUCCCUCCUCCCUCCUCCCCCUCUCUUUUCUCUCCUCUCUCUCCUCCCCCUCCCCCUCUCUCCUCCUCCCUCCUCCCCCUCCUCCUCUCUCUCCUCCUCCUCCCUCUCCUCUCUCUCCUCCCCCUCCUCCUCCCUCCUCCCUCUCUCCCCCUCCUCCUCCUCUCUCUCCUCCCUCCUCCCCCUCCUCCUCUCUCUCCUCCUCCUCCCUCUCCUCUCUCCUCCCCCUCCUCCUCCUCCUCCCUCUCUCUCCCUCCUCCUCCUCUCUCUCCUCCCUCCUCCCCCUCCUCCUCUCUCUUCCUCCUCCUCCCCCUCCUCCUCCCUCUCCUCCUCCCCCUCUCUCCUCUCUCUCCUCACUCCUCCCCCUCUCUCCUCUCUCUCCUCCUCCCCCUCUCUCCUCCCUCUUCCUCCUCCUCCUCCUCCUCUCUCCUCCUCCUCCUCCCCCUCUCUCCUCUCUCUCCUCCUCCUCCCUCUCCUCUCUCCUCCUCCUCUCCUCCCUCCCCCUCUCUCCUCCCCCUCCCCCUCUCUCCUCUCUCCUCCCUCUCUCUCCUCUCUCUCUCUCCUCCUCCUCCUCUCUCCUCCUCCCUCCUCCCCCUCCCUCUCUCCUCCCCCUCUCUCCUCCUCCUCCUCUCUCCUCCUCCCCCUCCUCCUCCCCCUCCCCCUCUCUCCUCCUCCUCUCUCCUCCUCCUCCUCCUCCUCCCCCUCUCUCCUCCCCCUCCUCCUCCUCCUCCUCUCUCCUCCUCCUCCUCCUCUCUCCUUGUCCCCCUCCUCCUCCUCCUCUCUCUCCUCCCUCUUCCUCCUCCUCCCCCUCCUCCUCCCUCUCCUCCUCCCCCUCCCUCUCCUCCUCCUCCCCCUCUCUCCUCCUCCUCCUCUCUCCUCUCCUCCCUCUUCCUUCCCCCCCUCCUCCUCCUCCCCCUCUCUCCUCUCCUCCCCCUCCUCCUCCCCCUCCUCCUCCUCCUCUCUCUCCUCCCUCUCUCCUCUCUCCUCCUCCUCCUCCUCCUCUCUCCUCUCUCUCCUCCCUCUUCCUCCUCCUCCUCCUCUCUCCUCCCCCUCUCUUUUCUCUCCUCUCUCUCCUCCCUCUCCUCCUCCCCCUCUCUCCUCUCUCUCCUCCUCCUCCUCCUCCUCCUCUCUCUCUCUCCUCCCUCCUCCUCCUCCUCCUCCUCCUCCCCCUCUCUCCUCUCUCUCCUCCUCCUCCUCCCUCUCCUCCUCCUCUCUCCUCCCUCCUCUCUCUCCUCUCUCCUCCCCCUCCUCCCCUCUCUCCUCCCCCUCCCCCUCCUCUCCUCCCUCUCCUCCCCCUCUCUCCUCUCUCUCCUCCCUCUCUCCUCCUCCUCCUCUUCCUCCUCCUCCCUCCUCCCCCUCUCUCCUCCUCCUCCCCCUCUCUCCUCCCCCUCCUCCUCCUCCUCCUCCCUCUUCCUCCUCCUCUCUCUCCCCUCCCCCUCCUUCUCUUCUCUCCUCCUCCUCCUCCCCCUCCCCCUCUCUCCUCCUCCUCCUCUCCUCCUCCUCCUCUCUCCUCCUCCUCCUCCUCCCCUCUCUCCUCCUCCUCCUCUCUCUUCUCCCUCUCCUCCUCCUCCCCUCUCUCCUCCUCCUCCUCCCCCUCCUCCUCCUCCCCCUCCCCCUCCUCCCUUCUCUCUCCUCCCCCUCCUCCUCUCUCCUCUCUCUCCUCCCUCUUCCUCCUCCUCUCUCUCCCCUCCCCCUCCUCCUCCCUCUCCUCCUCCCCCUCUCCUCUCUCUCUCCUCCUCCCUCUCCUCCUCCCCCUCUCUCCUCUCUCUCCUCUCUCUCCUCCUCCUCCUCCUCCUCCUCCUCUUCCUCUCUCCUCCUCCUCCUCCUCUUCCUCCUCCUCCUCCUCCUCUCUCCUCUCUCCUCCUCCUCCUCCUCUCUCCUCCUCCUCCUCCUCCUCCUCCUCUCUCCUCCCCCUCUCUCCUCCUCUCUCCUCUC